AUGGAGAUGAACAUUAGUUGGCUUGCGUUUGUCGGAGCAGUGAUUGCAUACUAUGGAACUCUAAUCUUCUACCGGCUGUUCCUCCACCCUUUGGCACGAUUCCCCGGCCCUAAAAUAGCAGCUAUUUCGCGCUGGUAUGAGGCUUACUAUGAUGUUGUUCUUGGUGGCCAGUAUACAGCGAAGAUUGCUGAAUUACACAAGAAAUACGGACCCAUUAUUCGUAUUAGUCCCUACGAGCUACAUGUCAUUGAUCCAGUAUUUUUCGAAAAGCUUUAUCGCUCGGAUGGACGUUGGGACAAGUAUUCCUGGACAUAUGAUGCCUUUGGAGCCAAGACGUCAACUAUAUUCGGCGCAGAUCAUUAUGCCCAUAAAGCCCGCCGUCGCGCCAUUGCUCCCUUUUUCUCAAAAUCAAACAUUGUUGCUCGACAUGAUCUGCUGCAUAAAAAUAUUAAGAAACUUUCCCAGCGCAUUGCGUCGCUUGAAGGAGCCACCUUUAACUUAGGGGCAGCCAUCAGUGCCUUUGCUCGAGACAAUGCCAACGAGCUCAUUGUCGGUAAGUAUUACAAUGAGCUUGACGUGGAAGACUUUGGAAUCGGAUUGUCUCUCGCGUCACAAGGUGCUGGUGUCUUUUGGCGCACGACCAAGCAUAUACGCUGGUUCGGGCCCUCUAUGAGGGCGAUGCCAAUUGAAUGGGCCAAAAAGAUGGCAGAUAAACACACCCAGUCGUUCCUUCGUUAUCUUCAGCAGCAAUCUGAACAAGAUACACGAGCCACAUUGACCGCAGCAACGUCUACUUCACCCGAUGAUAUCACCAAGGGCACUUUGAUAUACGCAAUUGCUAACUCUGAUCUCACGCCAGCUGACAAAACGUUUGAUCGAGUUUUUGAAGAAGUGGCCACCGUUACCGGUGCAGGUUUUGAAACAAUUUCAAACACUUUAAGACUCAUCCUAUACCAUGUCUACAGUAAGGAUGAAAUUCUUCAAAAGCUCAGAGAUGAAAUCAAUGCAGCCUCGACCCAACACCACAGGCCUCUAACUUUACAGGAUCUGGAACAACUUCCUUAUCUCACUGCUGUUUUGACAGAAGGCUUGCGACUAAGUCCUGGAGUUGGCUCUCGAGCGGCACGCAUUACGGACCAGGACCUUUUCUAUGAGCACUGGCGUAUUCCUGCCGGAACCCCCGUUGGAAUGACAACAAUACUAAUGCACACCGAUGAAAAGUUGUAUCCUGAUCCAAUGACCUUCAAUCCCAAUAGGUGGAUGGAUGCAACAGCAAAAAGGUCUACCACAACAUUCGCCCCAUUUUCACGAGGAACGAGAAUAUGUCUCGGCAUGCAUCUUGCAUGGGCUGAAAUGUACUUGCUCCUUGCUGCUCUAGUUCAGAGAUUUGAUUUCAAGAUCAAGGAUGCUACGGCUGGUGAUUUUGCGUUCAGCAAGGAUAAUUUUGGCAUCGGCACCAAGGCUACUUGUAAUCUCAUGGUUCAUGUUGGAUUACGCAAAGUCUGA